AUGGCACGCGAGUCAGAAGUGAAGUUGACAGACACAAUUCGCAAAGCCCUCCAAGAUGCUGUCGACGAUAGUAGAAUUUCAAAUAUGGACAAAAUGACAUUUAAAAAUAUACUGAACGAAGAGGGCUGUGGGCAGAAAACAAUUCCCUUCAAAACAGUGCGAAACCUUUCCAAGGCAUUGACUACCGCAGGAAAGAAAGUAUACAUACAUGAGUUAUUAAAAGGAAGUGAUGUCCAUCUUCCAUCAGUUGAUAUUCCUAAAAGGAGCCCAGAAUUAGAGGCUAGGUUAGAGAGGCUGAGGACAGAAGCCGCAAACAGAGAGUAUGAACAAAUGGUGGGGAGCAUUGUGCCCAAGUCAAGCCCCUUGGAUUUCUCAAUUGGGGAAGAUGUCAAGGCCAUAAACAGACAGAUGACAGCUGUGUUUAACUUCGUCAUCACUGUUGUGGCAGCGUUUAUGUUUGGUUACAAAGGCUCCGAGUUGUUGUUGGGUGUCUCCAAUGUUGCUCAGAAACUGACAUAUGGACUGGUUUUAGGGAUGGCAGUGUUUUUUGCAGAUCUGUACUUUUUAGUUAAACACACAAAAUGACCAAAGUGGAAUUGUCCAUCAACUGUAAAUUAGUUAUUGCUACAAUAUGAUACAGUUUCCCUGGAUAAUAGUCUGUCAGAUUCAGACAAGUGUUAGUAGCUCUUUGCUGGAGAAAUGAGCUGUUAAGACCAGUGUGCAGUGCAAGUAGGUCAAUUGCAAAUCAAAGUUGGCAAUAUUAUAUUUGAGUAUUUCUUUUUCUAAUGAAGGUAAGUUAAUUUGUAUCAGAUUAACUAUUCAUUCACAAAUCAAACCCUUGACCAAGGAGGUCAUCUGUUUGAAUUCAGUUCUCGCUUUUUUGCCUGCGGCUUAGAGUCACAAAGUUUGUCAGGUAUUUCGCGAAGGUGGGUGAUUUACCCGUGGACAGUCCUAUUUCCUCCAUCGAUAAGCCUUAAUCAUAUCCUGUAUCAAACUGAAAAACAAGAAGGGUUUCACUGAAGGAAAGAACUAAUGUCUACUGCUUGACAAAUGAGGUUUAUGUUAAAUGUUAAAAUCUCUUCAAAAUACAUAAAUUAACUAAUAAAAAUGUAAACAGUUUUCUUCUCUUUUUUUUAACCAUUAAAGUAUAAAUGUAGAAUUUUAAAAUUAAAAAGAUGCUUCAUGCUGCCUAAUUUCAUCAUUUGUGUAAUUUUGUCUCAUUUGUUUUUUAUUUUCAUGCUGAGUCAUGACCUGAAUCUCACUUCAUGCACUUAUGAUUCUAUGUUUUGCAAAUUCACAAGAGUUCCAAAAAAUUCAAAAUUCCACUUGAAAAAACUAUGCUUUACUAUGCAGAAACUGGAGGGCAUGACUUUGAUAUUCAACAUAAACUCAACAAUUGUCAUUUCCUUAAUUCUUCCAAUUUGGGAACAGAUAUUAGUAGUGCUGAAAGCAGAAUAAAUAUUAUAUUUUUUCCCAGCUUUUUGGGAAUGUAAAGAUAUGAGUGUGUUGUUCAUUAGAUGGUCUAACUAGAAAGAGAGGCUAAAUAUUCCUGCUACAGCUACAUGUAUAUUAGUUAAAGAGAGGAGACCAGGUGACCCAAAAACUAGAAGAAAUACGGUAGUCCGAGUAACUCUAAAUCUUCAGCUUAUUCAACGACUAAAUCACUUUUUUCAGUGGAAUUUAUGCAUACAAUUAUUAUGAAAAUGACCCUAAGCAUGAUUUGUUUUUGACAAUAAGGAUGCAAGCUUCAUAAAAACUGUGCAAAUUAUUUCUCUGCACCCCAUAGUUCUUUCAGAAUGUUUCAAAAUAUUGGUCACAGAGGCGAGUGAAAAAGUUGAAGAAUAAGUUUAUGUUUGUGAUGUUUUAUUCAAUUGAAGUGUGUGCCAUGGAAUGUAUUCAGCUAGUUAUGAAGGCAUGAUUAAAGUGAUUAUUUGUUUAUAGUACGUGUAUUUAUUGAUCAGGUUUUCUCAUACAGCACAUCUCUUUCAUGUUUGAUUUCCAUUAGUGCACAACACGCACAAAACUUACAUGUAUUGAAUGAACACUUUAAUAUUUGUGCAAAUUGUGUUUAUAUGCUCUGUAUUCAACGCAGUAAUAAACUGUAUAUUUUCACUUUCACAUUU